AGGCAGUGAGAGCUGCUCUCGCAAGUGGCCGCAGAUGUGAGCUGAGUUUUUAGUCGCUAUCUGCUACUACAGCGAACCAACUUUGCCUCCAUUCACUUGAACGGCAAUGUCAGAUUAGCUGGCCUCUUUAGCAUCGACGUCUCGUUUAUUAUUAUUUCUUGUCGAUGUCGUGGUCGUGUAUAGCAGCCGCCAAGGGACUGUUUUAACCUAAUUUCGCGACUAUUUCUUUAAACGUUUCCUUUUUUAUUUGUAUUUGAUACAUGUUUUAUCUCUCUGACGGUUGACACACUGAAACAAAAGUGGAUUUAACAGUGGCUCCGCCGUGUACCAGCACUCCAAGAUGCUCCUGGUCUCUCCGCGGCUAGACUCACCUCGCAUGGACCCAUUACUGCCAGGACUGAAGAGGAAGCUGACUGGGGCCGUGGAUGGUUCUCCGCUAAACGGGGUUUCCGAUACCUCCAUGACCCAGGGCAGUGCCAAGCGACUAUGCCUGGAGGAUGUUACCCUGGCUGUAGGCCCAAGCUUUCCCCAGCCACCCUUCCCCACUGGAACUGGGAUAAGUAACCAAGGAAGUGGGCUUGAAGGUAACCGACUGAACAGUAAUAACAAUAGCUUGGGUUCCCCAUACUCCAUGCCUCCUAAAGCUAGUCCUGGAUCGACACCUGGAGGUGCUGGAAGCUCAGGAAGUCUAGCACCUGCCUUCAACCCAAAUGGCAAUUCAGCAGCCCCUUCUGUGGAACAAGAGCUUCAGGAGAUUCUGGAUGAGCUUACAAAGAACCCUGAUCCCUCUUUGCCUGAGCUGGACAUUGAGAAGAUCCUAGGGAACAAGACUGAUGAGCAAACAAGUAAUGCAGGAAACUUUGUCCACCUAGAUGGGAGUGGAACCCCCAAACGUUCCCCACAGAGACCUUCUCACCUGGAAGCCCAUCUCACCCAAUCCCCUGGUUUCCCUCAGGCAGGCUCUCCUCAAAUGGGUGCUAGUCCAGCCGGUGCUCCUUAUACCCUACCCCAUCCAUCUAAACCAGUUCCUUCCCCACUUUCAGCAUCACCACUUUCUUCUUCUUCUUCCCAGGGCCAGAACCAGGCUCGAUCACCCAUGCUUUCAGCCGCACUGUCCAGUAGACCCACUUCCAACUGGCGUGAGGUGUCUCGGGCGCAGCAGCUACAGCAUUUGGCAUCCAACAGUAAGCACCACUCCACCAGCAGUGGUGGGCCAUCACCAGCCCAGCCAGGCCUAUCCUCACUGGGCCAGCAGGGAUCCUCCUGGGCUGGCCCAUCUCCACCAUACCGGCCAGGAGACAAACUCCCCAACUCGUCCCCCCACCAGCAACCCUUCAGCCCAGCCAGCAGCAUCCAGAGUCCACAGAGCUCCCUCAUCUCCAGCAUAACUCCAGCCCCAUCUGCUGGACCUUCUCCUCCAUAUGGGCCAGAGAAACUAGCUAGUCCAGCUCUUGCUCAGCCACCUUUCAGCCCACAGAGCACCCUUCUUCCAGGAAGCACUGCAUCUGGCAGUUCUAACUCUUCUGUCCAAGGGUCCCAAGCGAAUUACCUAAGUGGUAUACCACCAACAUCAGGCUCCACAAGGCCAUCACCCCCCUACCGAUCAGACAAGCAACAUCCGAGUCCUGCUGGACCAACUCAGCAUGGAGCCCAGCCUUCCACACAGGGGCGUUCUUUCAACUCACAGAACGGUCAAGCACCCAGCAUGUCCAGUCAGCUCUAUAAGGCUAUCACAUCCAGCCAGCCAUCCAACAACAGCCUCAAACUGCUCAUGCAGUCAUCACAGACAAAAUCCGCUCAGCUGCAGCUAAGCAAAACCACUCCAGGCAGCGUAGGUCCAGAAACCUUCUCUUUCAACAACACCAAGCCCUUGCGGCACUUUGAUCCUGAACCUCAUGCUUCCAAAAUGGGGACCGUGUCCCUGGGUGGAUUCCGGAACGGCAGCAUGCAGCCCACACCUCCCACUUCAGCUGCAGGGCAUGCGCAUCUGCUUCAGCAGCGCAUGCAGAGAGGGAUGCAGGCAGAUGGCAUGGUGCCCCACUGCGGUGAGCUCUCUCAGGACCAGAGUGUAGGGAUGGUCCCACAUCUUCAGGACCCUGGUGCAGGGCCUCGUCCAGGACCUGCCAGCAACUACAACAUGCUGCUGAAGACUCAGCUAAUGAGAAAACAGCUCCAGCAGCAGGAAAAGCAAAGGCAGAUGGAGCAAAUGAAUGGGGGACAGAUGCCAGAUUGCCAGCAGGUGGUGCCAUUUCAAGGUCCAGGUCGAACAAUACCUGAGUGUAGCGCUUACCCUAUGAGCACCCCCCAGCAGCCCAACCCUUCCAUGGUGGCCCACAGUGGCCCUUUACCAUCGAACCGCGUGGGUCUUCCUCCUGGAUCCCUCUCCCAAGUGGGCCAUGCUGGACCUUACAUGGGUGGGACUGGCUCCAAGCCACCAUUCUACCAUCCUUCACAAGACUUGGGGAUGACCAUGCAUCCAAGCCAGAGCAUGAUGGGAGUGGGUGGUCCUCCAAGGCAGCCUUCCCACCCGGGACAUGUUGUAGCACGGCCAGGGAUGGCUGGACCAAACUUGGUGGGGGCUCCAGUGCCAACCAACCACCUUCGGCAGGCGUUGCAUCAGGGUAGUGCUCUACCUCCACGUAUGAUGUUCACCUCUCAACAACAGCCACAGUCACAGGCCUCGUUGUGGCAGAACCAACAGGGAACACAUCCACACAUGGAACCUUUGAACCACCAGCACUCAUUCCCCAGUGGGGCGGCUCCUCCAGGGUGUGGGGCACCUCAGUUCCCUCAGCGUCCGGGCAUGGCAGGGAUUUCAGCUAAUUUUCCUGGUGCCCGACCUCCACCAAACCAGAUAUCUCCAGGCUUGGUUGGCAGACAGAUCCAAAAGUUACCCUCUGGGCAACCUCUUCCUUCCAUGGCCCAGCAGAACCUGAGAAUGCGAGGUGCCCUGUCCACCAUGGGAGUCAUGAAGGGUCCUGGAGCUCCAGCCAUGAUGCACACAUCUCAUGGCAUGGCGCCCCCAAGCUACCCUGUUGCCUCAGUGGGCAAGCAUACCCCUGCCCAGGGGUACAACCCUGGACACAAUCCAGGUCAUAAACUGCCCCCUUAUGACUAUCCUCCCCAGCACCAGAGCAAUGGAACUAUGAUUGUAGGGCCUCAAGGACCUGUCGGUGGUGGAGGAGGUGGAGGAGGAAGAGGCGAGAUUGACUUCAUAGACACUUUAGUGGGUUCCAAUGAUGACUGGCUCAACAAUCUCAACAUGAUUGAUGAAUACCUUGAACAUAACUCAUAGAGAAGGCCAGGAAGUCAUGUAAAGUGAGACAGCUGGGAACUCGUGGUUCCAGAAAGUUCCAAACCCAGCCUGUCCUGGCUAUACUGUAGUAAGGAGACAGAGUGGGUCGGAAUCAUACACUGCCACAUGGUCUCUAAAGGCUCUGCUCCCUCAGAUCUGUGCUGGCCCUUUAAGAUCUUGCAGAAAUGUGUAGAGUCACCAAGCAGUGCCACAGAAAUGCAUUCAAAUAAUUGUCAGCACCUGGUAAGCUGUCUGGGAAGUCCUUAAAUGUUCUCGUGUCAACGACUGCUCAAAGGCUUCUCUCUGAACGCUCUGUUUUUGAGAACAGUCUUAAUAAUGUGGCUCCACCAGGCUUGAACACUGUGUAAUGAGCUGAGAUCAGUGUUAUCAUAGCAAAACAAAUGAGGGCAUUCAUUCAUGAAAUGUAAUAACCUGAUGCAUUUCACUCGGUAGCAUCACAUCAAGAAUAGCAAGCAUAUAGUGGCCUGGUGGCCUGAUUGUCACUGUGGAAACAAACACGCUGUUGUAAUUUCGCUCAUGAGCUGUUUUGACAUUGGUAUUUCAAAAGGGGCUUAAUAAUGUACAUGGUAAACUAUUUUGUAAAAUAUGUUUUCAUAAACUGUAACAUAUAUAAAAGAGAAGUACCCAUAUUUAUACUUCUUUUGUGCAAAUACAUUCUUUAGAUUUCCCUUGUAAAUAAUUAUGAAAAUGACUAGUAUAUCAAAGAAGAAAAAACAAUGCUGUAAAAAUAAACAAAAUUCAGUUGAACUUGGAAACUCUAUUGUAAUUUGUAAUAUGCAAGACAGUAUGGUUAGUUUUUGCAGUAAUACUAUGUAUUACAAUGUUGAAAUAUUUGUUAUGGUUUUGACAUAACUGGACUCCUGGUACUCCAAUC